AUGGAAACGGGCUCGAUCGACUACACAUCCGAAGGCGCCGAUUUCUCGAUCAAAACCGAAAAUGCCUCCACCCUCCUAGUAUCAAACUUUUACAUCUUUUUCGGUGUGAUGGAAGCCCACGUCAAGAUGGCCAAAGGAGCCGGCAUUAUCAGCAGUGUGAUUUUACAAUCUGACGACCUGGAUGAAAUUGAUUGGGAGUGGGUGGGUUACAACACGAGCGGAGUGCAAUCCGACUUCUUCGGCAAAGGCAACACAACUACCAGUGAUCGCGGUGGAUACCAUGCCGUCUCGAAUGCAGAUACCGAGUUCCACAACUACACCUCUUACUGGGAUAAGGACCGCCUUGAGUGGUGGAUUGACGGUGACUUGGUGCGGACUGUGAAUUAUUCUGAGCCAAAGACUGUUUACGGCAAGAAUUAUCCCCAAACACCUUGCCAGGUUAAGGUUAGCAACUGGCCGGUUGGUAUCAAGGGACAGUCUGUAGGAAAUUUGGAAUGGGGUGGUGGUUAUGUCAACUGGACUGAUGUGCCGUUCACAAUGACUGUUUCAAAAAUCCGCGUUCAGGAUUUCCAUUCUGGAAAAGAGUACAAGUACAACGGAACUUCAGGCACUUAUAAGAGCAUCGAAGUCAUUAGUGGAAACUCGACUGCCCAGACAGAAAUCAAUAAAAAGCCAGCCGAGACCCUGAGCCAGAAAUGGAAUGAUCUUUCCGAAGGGGCGCAUAUCGGUGUGUAUGUUGGUGCCGCUGUUGUUGGUGCUCUUGCAAUCGGAGCCUUCGGGUGGUAUUGUGCAAAGCAACGCCGAAACGGUCGUCUUCAACGUGCGCUGGACGAUGGCCAAUACAGCGAAGAGCUCACGACGUUGGAGCAAACCAAGCUGAGGUGGAGACAAAGUGAAUUGGGUCGCAGGGACUACCAACCGGUUCCUUGA